AUGUUCAAACUUUUCCUAUUGGCUGCCGUGAUUCCGGCUGUGAUGCUGCAGAAUGCCGACAACAUUGACUUCUCCGGUUGGGACGUGGUGCCCGUUCGUCCGUGUGCCGGAGUCCGUCCACUGCCCGGAAUAGUGCGUAUCGAAAACUGCCCCUCGAUGCCCUGCCGCAUGGUCCGCGGAACGGAUGUCAACAUGGCUAUGGAUUUCACUGCCCUUCAAGAUGUUACCACCCUACGCACGGAAGUGAUGGCAACCGCGCUGGGAAUUACCGGUCCCUACGAACUGCCAGCUGAACGAUCCGCCGCUUGCAACUGGCUCGUGCAGGCACGCUGCCCACUAUCGGCCGGAGAAGAUCUCACCUACCAUCUGAGCAUGCCGAUUACGGCCAUCUACCCGUUGGUCAGUGUUACCAUCGAAAUCGAUGUCGUCGAUCAGACCACUCAGUCUCAAGGAUGCUUUGUCGUCGAUACCGUCGUAGUGGCCAACUAA